AUGGAGAAACUUCUACGUCCGGAUCGCUUCGAGGGAUCACAAGACACGACGCCGGCUGAAUGGGAGCAUUGGUAUUGCACAUUUAAGAACUUCUUGGACAGCUUGAGCGGAGAUCCUGCUCCUGACAAGCUGAAACUACUCGUCAAUCACGUCUCUCCUUCAGUCUACAACCACAUCUCCGACUGCCAGAGCUACACCGACGCCGUAGAAGUAUUGAAAGCCAUUUAUGUGAAGCCUACAAACGUGAUCUUCGCCAGACAUCAAUUAGCGACCAGGAAGCAAGUGAGUGGCGAGUCAAUUGAUCAGUUUCUUCGCUCUCUGAAGUUGUUGUCGAAAGACUGCAGAUUUAAAGCUGUCACCUCUGAUACGUAUACUCAAGAAUCCAUCCGCGAUGCGUUCAUAACUGGCCUGCAGUCACCGAUGAUACGUCAAAGACUGCUGGAGAAAGACAGUCUUACUCUGGACGAAUCUGUGCAACUCGCAAGAAGUCUAGAUUCAGCCCAACGGAAUGCAGAGACUUAUGUGACCCCUACUUCGCUUGGCAACCUUUCAUCUGCUUCUUCGAUCUCUGCUCCUCCUAAACGUAGCGACAUGGAUCCUCAGGCGGAAAGGGCUGAAGAAACCAGUGCAGCUGCUAGCAAGAGUAUGUGCUACUUCUGUGGAAACCCUCGCCACCCUCGCCAGCGGUGCCCCGCUAGGAACGUCGACUGCUUCAAGUGUGGAAAGAAGGGUCACUUCGGCAAAGCUUGUAAAGCACCCAAGACUACCUACUCAAGAAAUGAGGUUGCUGCCAGUACCAUCUGCGCUUCCGGGUUGCCUGACCCUCCACAUCGCACCACAAUGAACGUAAGAGUCAACGGUGUUAGUUUGACUGCUCUUGUGGAUAGUGGGAUUAUGUGCUAA